UCUCAAAAUGGCGUGCGAAAAGUAAAAAUAUAAGGAACUCACAUUUUACGAACAAUGUUCAGUUAUCUCAGGGCAAUGCUGGGUGUGAUUCAAUGAAGUUUAUGGUCGAAAACAAGUUUAUCUGUGGAAAAAACAAAUCGGAUUUAGGCUAAAGUCUUCACAGGCCUUAGAAAUGGCAAACAUUUCACGGAAAGUAAAUUUUGCUCAAAUUUCUGUUGAUUCAUCCAAAAAGGUUAUUGACAUAUCGAGCAAAUACACAUAUGGAAUCAAUACAUUCAAAAAGAUUGUAGGUGCUGUCACUAUAAUCUUCACUGACAACGAAAGCAGCUGUGAAGAGCCUGAUCAUGAAUCUGACACACAAGACCUGGAUAAGACAACAUGGAAGAAUAUUCCGGCUUCGCUGUCUGUUUUACCAACUCCUGGAUACAGACAAACCAUGGACAUGUCAAGACAUGAUGUAGGUCUCAGUUAUCACAACAGCUUGCCUCAUUGCUAUGGAAACAUUCAAGGAAGUGAACAAACACAUACUGAUAUUAUGGAUGAUUCUGUGGCAGGCAAAAUCAAUGCAGAGAACAAUCAAGAGACCUCUGCACUGUCAUCACAAGAAAACAUCACUUCAGUUUGUUCUGAAGGAGAAACAAUAUAUAUCAAGAAAGAGCCAACUUCACCAUUUCCAGAAGAGUUUGAUCAGAGAAUGGAAACAAGUGUUGAACAUUCAACCAGUGUUGAACAAAUUGGUCUGAGUCAAUCCCAGGUUUUUAAUGGUAAACAAUCGGAUGGUUGUUUUGACAAGAAGCCUCUUAAUGCUGGACAUAAUCCCCAAUCAACUUGUUCUGUUUGCUUUAGAGAAAUUCAAAGCAAAAGAGAAUUUAUUUUUCAUGCUAAGGCACAUAAAAAUGUUUUAGGUGUUGGAGAAAGCUGUCCAAUUUGCCUAAAAUCAUUCACAAGAAAUGUUGGUUUAAUGAGACAUUCAUCCCUGCAUAUUACAAAUGAUCUGUACAACUGCCCUGUCUGUGGAAUCAAUAUUGUUCAGUUGGACGGUUUUAAGAGGCAUUUCCACAAACGACAUCCAGGCUCUUUGUUCAAACUGAAGUGUUAUCUUGCAAACUUCCGUCAUCAUUCAAUAAACAGACUGGCAUCACAAGACUCUGGAAGAAAUGGCCAACCAAUAAGCUCAGUAUCAGAGGGUAGACACUAUCAAGCUAUGCAACAGAUGAAAGGAGAACCACAUGCGGCGAUGACAAGCAGUGAUUCAGAACAGUUUGAAAACAGACAAGCUUCCUAUCAUCCCCCGUCGCAGGGAGGUUCCAGCACGCAGAUGAUGCAGCUGCAGGUGAAUGCUGAGGGUGUACAGAGUGUGAAUGUGCUCACUGAGCAUCCACAAUGUCAAGAUACUUUUGAUGACAGCACCAUCACAUUGGAUGGAUGUGAUUCUGCUGCGACAAAAAUUGGGUCAAAAGAGGAUAAUCAAAGCAAUAUUCAUGUGCACAAAAACAAAACAGGUCCUCGAUCAUCGGGCAAAUCUAAUGGUAAAAAGUCUGCGAAAUGCUCCUUCUGUUGGUCUGAAAUGACGAACAUGGAGGACUUCUUGAAUCAUAUGGAGGCUCAUAAGAGUAUUAUGAAGGUUCCCCACACCUGCCCAGUGUGUCUCCAUGAGUUUAGUGAUAAGAUGAGAGUUAAAAGGCAUGCAUCAAAACAUGUCCUAACAGCAAUGUUUGCCUGCCCAUUUUGUCCCGUACAGAUCCCCAGAAUAGAUAGUUUCCGGAGACACCUCAGGAAGGUCCAUCCAACAUAUGCAGAUGAUUUCAAAGUAGAAAUGAACUAUGCUACUCCACUUUCAGGUCCCAUAACCGACCCAGAUGAUAUCAAUGUUACAAUUUCUUCUAUGGAUGCAAACUCUUCAUUAACCAGAUCAACAGAAAUUGAAAUUAAGAAGGAAUGUACCACUUCAUCGGGUGAAGAUGGUGUCAUGUCUGAUUAUUCAUCUUGCCCUGUGUUUGAUCUAAACAGUGAGAGGGUGCUGACCAAAUUCCCUAAAAGACCAGGUGCAUCAUCCUCAUCAUCACCAAGUCCUGUAUCUCAGAGUGAAGCAGGCUGCCAGAAUGAGUCUGACCUGCCCGAAGCAGGGGCAACAGCAGGGCAGACCUUCUUCAACACAUCCACUGGGUCUAGUACUGGUGCAGACCUUCAGGAUCAACACAGUAACCAUGGUAACUGCUCAAAGAAUGAACCUGAGUUGUCAUGGAAGCUGAAUUCAGAUCAGCAGCACACACAGAUUAAUCCUUUCAUCCCACUAAAUGUUGACAGGUCGUCAUCACCUGUUACACACUCAUGGGGACAUUCAGCUGGUGUGGCUUCUGGCUCAGGCAGAUCACAUCCACCCACAACCUUUAACUCUCCUAAGCGAGGGGGUUCUAAACCACACACAGACAUACGUAACAUCCACAUGGAUGUAAAAAAUGAACCAACCCAGUUUCAUAGUCCGAAUUCAGCGAAGAAGAAAGGUAAAAACAACAAACAGUUGACCUCUACAUGCUUCUUUUGCUCUUCAACCUUAACAAGCACUCAGGAAUUUCUUGAACAUGCACGAUUGCAUGCCAAAGAUGACAAGAUUACAUGUCCUGUUUGUGUCACUGACUAUGCCAGGAAGCUUGGACUUGUCAGACACUCUGUGAACCAUGUUCCAAGUGAUGCUCAUGUUUGCAGCGUCUGUGGUACAGCAUUUGCACGCCGAGAUGUGAUGUUGAGGCAUUACAGGAAAGUGCACAAAAUGUGUCUCACAUACUUUCGGCAAGGAGCCAGGAACUCGGACAGUGGGGCCACAGCGAGCACCCACGAUCAUGAUGAUUUGCAGAUACUCAGUUUUGAUGCGAUCACUGCUCCCAAUAUUCCCCCUUUGCCCGGUGAUGGGGACUGCAACAUGUCCCCCGCAGUGAUGGGUAUCACUGACGAUGAUGACAUGAUGUACUCGUGUGGGCUGUGUGGGGCACAGUACCACGAUGCUGUCAGUCUCCAGGAGCAUGUGCAAAACCACCCUCAUGAUAUCUAAUUUAGGGUAUGAAACUUGUCCGAUUGUACCAAACUACUGAAAUAGAGACCCUUGAACAUACAGGGUAGAAUAGGUCUUCAGCAACCCAUGCUUGCCAUAGAAGGCGACUAUGCUUGUCGUAAGAGGCGACUAACGGGAUCGGGUGGUCAGGCACGGUGACUUGGUUGAUGCAUGUCAUCG